ACCGCCAUCGUGUACGGAGCUGAAACAUGCAAUGCUCAAAUGGCCAAAAACCAGAAGAGCCCGGGCAGCAUCCCUGCUGUACACCCAUCAUGGAAGCCGUGGGGGCCUGGCUUUGGCAUUCACGUCUUCCGCAACGUGAUUGCAACAGCAGGCUUGCGCAUGUUCUGCCUACCUUGCACCACUGCCAUUGAGAAGGCCACCGGCAAAAGCAACUCAAUGACUACACUUGCAGGCGAUUUUGCGGGAAACGUUUGCGCAGCCUGCCUAUCGGCGCCAGUGCACCAGCUUUACGGGUACACGGUAACCACUCCUGAACUCAGGACUUUGCCUGCCGCAGAGCAGCGAGAAAGAAUGGUUUCGUUUUUGAAAGAUCAAUAUUUGAUCACAUCCGGCGGAAGGACGCGGCUCAGCAGCAUCGUUCCACGAGAUCUUUUCAUGCGCAGCAUGUACGUGGCUGUAGCUUACACAAUGUACUCCACGGUGGAAAGAACUUUGGUGGCGUGCUGGAACAGCUGUGAAUAUCCUCUGGCUUUGCCAAAGAAGAAGUCGCCGCAAAAGUCCAGUAGCUUGACGCCUCUCAACAAGGCCAAAGGAAUGGCUGCCACAACAGGUUCUAUGAAUUCCUUCGCGCCGGUUGAAAUGAGUAGCGGUCCUGGUGCUGGUGAUGAUCUCAGGUAUGUGCUGAAGGAAGGACAAAAUAUCAAUGGCGCGUACUACUUGGUUGAAAUGGCGACCGACGGACGAAGCUUAGCCAUCACUGCGUACAACACGGAUCAGAAGGUGACAGUGGAACUGUUGGUGAACGAGAGAAAUCAUCGCAAGCUGUAUCGAGAUCACAAUGGCGAUUACAGAGCCAUCGCUGCGAAACUUUACUUGGACAGCGAGCAACAGCUGCACAUCAAUCAUGAAGGAAUGGGGCCUUGAGCGGUGAUCACCAUCCCUGCACAGCAGCCUCGUCCGUCUCAGACGUUCACCGCCACUGUUUGCCACUUCUGUGAAGCAUCAAUUAGGCGUUGACAUACAUACAUAUAUGUUAUGUGUA